GAAAUUGACGCGGUGUAAAACAUGGAAACAGGUUCCGCUUAAAAACAAGGAUAUGUAAGAAUAAUAAUAUUGACAUUAAUAAUAAUAAUAAUAACAAUAAUGAUGAUGAUGACGAAUAAAUUUAUUUAUCGGAUAUAAAGGCAGUCAUAAUACCGUUUCGCAACACACCAGUCAUUGAUUAAAUCGUCUUGUUAUUAAUUAAAAAUGUGUUUAAAAAAUAUUUUAAUUUUUUCAAUAAUUUCGCUCGCCGAAAUUAAGGUCCAUUCGAUAAACUAUUAUUCCGGAACAUCGACAAUUUGCCACCAAAUUGGGGGGCGUAUGCGCUGUUUUUCCAACAAUAAUCCAAAUUAUAACAAUAUUAACGGCAACGGUAGCAUCGUCGUCACUAAAGACGAUAAUAAUGUCACAACAUGGAAUAUUAAUGACAUUAAUGAGGAGUAUACUAUUCAAAAUCAUGACAAUAACACGAAUAUCGUGAAUAUUAAUAACAACAAAAAGUCACUUAUUAUUGAAAAUAAUGUUAACAACACCAAUGAAGUUAAUAUUAAGAAUAUUAAUGACGUAACUAAAAUUAGUAAUUUUAAUAAUAACAACAAUACGAUAACUAUCGGAAGUAAUAGCAAUAGUAUUACUAUUAAUAGCAACAGUAACAAUUUGAACGAUAUUAAUAUCAAGAAAAAUAGUAAGAUCAUUAAUAUCCAAAACUAUAACAAUAAUUUAGAUGCGAUUAAUAUUGAAAAUGAUAGCGACCAAAUUAUUAUUAAAGAUAAUAGUAAUAAUAAUAAAGUAUUAACCGUCGGUAAAAACAGUAACGUUAUUUCUAUUACCAGCAAUAAUAAUAAUAAUAAUGAAAUAAAUAUUAAUAAUGACAAUAUUGGUAAUAUUACUAUUAGCAAUAAUAAUAAUAACGUUAAUUCGAUUUUUGUUAAAAAUAAUAAGGCUAUUAAUAUUCGUAAUAAUAAUAAUAAUGUUGUUACGAUCACGAUUAAUGCUAACAGUGAAUUGAUAACGAUUAAUAAUAAUAAGAAUAAUGUGCUUACUAUUAUUAUUAAUGGUGAUAGUAAGCUUAUUAUUAUUAAUAAUGGCAAGAAUAAUGUUAAUGAUAUAACUAUUAAAGGAAAAGAGGGUAAGGUUAUUAUUAAUGAGAGUAAUCAUAUUACUAAUGUUAAUACGAUUAAUGGUAAUAAUUACUAUGGAUGGACGGAUUAUUAAUUAAUGAUGUUAAUAAUAAAAUUUGUAACAAUGAGGAUUGAUGAUUAAUGAGUGAUUAAUGGCAGUUGGUUACAUUAAUUAGUUAUAAUUUUUGUUAGAUUGUAGAAUGAAGUUGUUAAUAAAUUAUUACUGAGAAAA